GAGAGAGACAUCGCCUCUCCCCGUUCGACCCCACCCACCGUGUCAUGCGCACUCUCUACAGUCACAUCUCCUCGAUGCAGCCUCUCUCAAAGCUCGGCCUCCGCCUAUUCACCCUUCUUGCAGCCUUCGCCUGCUUCUCCGUCCCCGGCGGCUGCGGUGCCGGCGCCGCUUCUGCCGCCGACAAUUCCGCCGAUUAUGUUGACGGCUGCACGUGCUACCAUGUGCGAAACGAGUUCUGCUGCCAGGCCGGCCAGGUCCUCUGCUCCUGCCGGUCCGUCUGUUUUAACGGCGCCGCGUUCACCGGCGUCAGCCAUGCGCCGUGUCGGCAGCCAGCGGACGGCCCAGAUUCGCUCCUCAGGGACCAUACGAGCGGAGCCGUUGAUCCUCUCGUUCCUAUUGGCUGCAUGGACGGACGCGGUAGAUCGUACAAGGCCGCGCUGCGGCUUAUAACGAAGGACAACAUGCAGCUGCGCACCGAGCGGGGGAGAGCCAGGCGGAAGAAACGGCGCAGGGGGAGGGGGAAGGGUGACGGCGAACAGGAAGACGACACGUGGCAGGACGGAACUUCCGCAUUUCUGUUUUUAGACGACUCAGAGGGUAAUAUCGCGCAUUUCGUGCGGAAGACGCAUAAUCUCCUGCUGCUGCUCGGCCAAACCUCCUCCUCCUCCUCCUUCCCACCCCCCAGCCACCAUGAGAUUCUUCUCCCCGCGCGGCGCGUAGUGCUGAUUAGAUCCGCGGCGUUCAAACGGGUGGCAGCUGCUUAUGGUGAAAAUGGGUUGCACGCCCGGCUGCUGGACGGCAUCGUUCGUCUGCUAGUGGAUUCCGGGAGCGUCACUAGCGCUGGGAACAGUGGGGGUUUGUUGAAAGGGAGAAUGGACGGUGGGAUGAAGCCGUCGGAUAUCUUUGACGAGAAAUCAACGGUGGCGAUGGGAGGAGCUGUGAAGUUUGAAGGGUCCCUUGGGAAUGCCACAAGAGACCGUCCGGUGUGCUUCGCGAAUGCACUGUUCACCGGCAAUCUCAAGGCGUCAGCCUAUCCCGGCAGUCUCCUCCUGGCAUCUCGCCUGCACUCCCACCUGCGCCACACCCUCAACUCAUCCCAUCACCUUCCCUCCUCCUAUUUUACAUCCACCAUCGAUGCCACUGAUCCCACUUCCCCCUCCUCCUCCUCCCCCUCCUCCUCCUCUUCCCCUCCCCUCCCUCGUAUUCUUUACAUCCGGCGCACUAUCGGCGCCAACAACAGCGCCAGCAGCCACGGCGCGCGGCGGGCGUUCAACCAAUCAAGUGAGGCGGCCUUCCAGCACCUCCUGCACACACUGCCAGGUGUCACCGUGCAAGAGGCUGACUUCGCCAGGCUGUCAUUUGCGGAGCAGUUUGCCCUGGUGCAGGAGGCGGACAUCAUUGUAGGGCUGCACGGCGCUGGCCUCACUCUCGCCUCCGCUUUCAACCACGGGCCCUCCACUGCUGCUGCCGCCACUGCUGCUGGUAGUUCUACUGGUGUUAGUGUUGCCGGUGGUGCUGCUGCUGCUACCUUCACCAGUGCUGCUUCUGGUGAUUCCGCUGCUGCUGCUGCUGCUGCCACCGAAACAGCACCCACCAUCCCCUCCCCUCGCCCCACGGUACCAGUGGUGUUGGAGAUCCAGCCGUACAAGGUGCAGCACAUCAUCUUCGAGGGCAUGGCCACGUCAGCAGGUGCGCUCUACCUGCUGCACCAGUGCCACCGCGGGCCCACCCUCCAACCAGGCGACGCCACGUUUGCACACGUCAGCAGGGAGGCCUGCCGGCGGCGACUUGAGUGCCGGGACCACUUUGUCCAGUCGCGGUUCGUGGAGCUGACUCAGCAUGACGUGGCGUCACUGCAGCGCCUGCUGGAAUUGGCCCGGGAUUUCGUUGCAGAGGGACUCAGAGCAGCAGAGGCAGCUCCCGGGGGAGGAGCAGACGUGCUCAGAGGAAUAGGCAGCAUAGGUGGUGCUGCUAGUGAUGGUGGUGAGGGCAGUGAUGGCAGGAGGGCUCUGCAUAGUGUUUCCCAACACAACACUGGUGGCACUGCUAGGCCCGAGGAAGCAACGGAAAGGCUAUGGGGUCUCUGGGGUUUUUUUACAGGUGGGAGAGAUGGCGCAGGGGGGCAGGCAGCACAGGCCACACAUGAGAGCAAGCAGCAGGGCGCAGGUGUGAUAUCAGAUCAGGUGGGUGAGAGUGAGAGGCAUGAGAAACGGGUGGCAGGACACACAGCAGACGCAUUGUGGGCUGGCAUUCGGCAGGGCAUGCAGGGAGGUGGGGAGGGAGGAGAACCAGGUGGGGUCAGCAGUGGAAGCAGCAGCAUUGGGGGAAGCAGCAGAGUCCAACAGAAGAGGAGUGGCGGUGGCAGCAAACCUGCGCCAGGACCAGGGGCCGAAACACAGGCAGCACAGGCAGACCACGCAGCACACGCAGCACAAUCAGCACAAGUGGCAUGGUUGGAGGGAUGGAUGGAGAGGAGCUGUGCGGAGUGGAUGAGUGACACGGACAACAACUGUCGGGUGGAAGCUGUGCGAUCACCACAUGUGAGGCGAGGAGAGCGGUGCAUCUUAGCUGCUGACAACUGCUGAUGUCGCUGGUGCUGAUGGUCUGCUGGUGCUGAUGGUCUGCUGGUGCUGAUGGUCUGCUGGUGCUGAUGGUCUGCUGGUGCUGAUGGUCUGCUGGUGCUGAUGGUCUGCUGGUGCUGAUGGUCUGCUGGUGCUGGAACCAGCAGCACUGCCCUAGUUGAGUGCCAUGGAAUGCAAGUAUG